GUCGCUGCGAAGCCCAGACUCUGGGGGUUCCGACCGGGGCCUCUGGGGACCGAGCGGGGACUGGCGCGUCCUGGCGGCUCCCGGCUCCUCCCGGAGAGGAAAGCGGUGAAGCGGAGCCCCCCGUGCAACUCCGGGUCGAGCCUGCCACGCAGGCGCCGGCCACGCCGCCGCCAUUGUUGCCCGUGCUGCGUGGACGGGGCCGAGCGACAGGGUCUCGCUCGUCAUUUCAAGUUCUGGACUCAGAAUCUGUUAUAAGCUGCUAGCUUUACUGUGGUUCCAUUCUGGCCAUGACUGCAGCAGCCCUUGAGGGGAAAAAAAUUAUUAUGACAAUAGCAUGAGACUUCAAUCAAUUGGCUCAGUACUGGAAAAAUAAAGGAUCCUACCAGAUUGGUUCUCCCGUUUAUAGCAAUGUUAGCCUCAAGAAAGAGGAUGUCCAGUUCUUCACGCUCACAAGUCCUUCUAAUGUGGAAGCCAGACAAGGUUCAAAACGGGCAAACACUCACUUCAAGACUCUUGCGUGACACUGAGACCUGUCGACAGAAUUUUAGGAAUUUCCCGUACCCAGAUGUGGCAGGUCCUCGGAAAGCACUGAGUCAGCUCCGAGAGCUCUGCCUUAAGUGGCUGAGACCCGAGGUUCACUCCAAGGAGCAGAUCCUGGAGCUGCUGGUGCUGGAGCAGCUCCUGGCCAUCCUGCCCGGCGAGGUCAGGGCUUGGGUAAAGUCUCAGUGCCCAGAGAACACCGAGGAAGUGGUGACUCUGGUGGAGGAUUUGACGCAGAUUCUAGAAGAGGAAGCUCCUCAGAAUUCUGCUCUUCCCCAAGAAAUCCCAGAGGAAGACCCCAAGCAUGCUUUCCAGGCAGGGUGGCUCAAUGACUUGGUGACCAAAGAAUCAGUGACAUUCACAGAUGUGGCUGUGGAUAUCACCCAAGAGGACUGGGAACUGAUGCGUCCCGUUCAGAAGGAACUGUAUAAGACUGUGACUUUGCAGAACUAUUGGAACAUGGUUUCUCUAGGACUGACCGUCUACAGGCCAACUGUGAUUCCCAUCUUAGAAGAGCCGUGGAUGGUGAUAAAGGAAAUUGUAGAAGGUCCUAGCCCAGAAUGGGAAACAAAAGCUGAAGCACAUAUUCCAUUAACAGAUCCACCUAAGUUCAAACAGGAUGGAACCCAGACCAUCAAAUUGGAAGAAGCCUACGACUGUGAUGACAGAUUAGAGAGGCAGCCAGUGUAUGCCUUCAGGAAGAUUCACCUGGAUGAAGGAGACUUCAGUUUGAAGUCAGAAAGUUCAGAAGAAGACUCUACAGAAGACUAUCUUAGUAAAUACGAUAUAUAUAGAAAUAACUUUGAAAAGCACACAAACCUGGUUGUACAGUUUGAUACCCAAUCAGAUAAUAAAACUUCUCUGUAUGAUGAAAGCAAGCCAACAUUCACUAAUGUCUCAUCUGGUGUUGUGCAUGGGAAAAUACUUCCUGGAGAUAAGCCUUAUUCGUGUAAUGUCUGUGGAAAAAAAUUUAGGAAAUACCCAUCCCUCCUGGCACACCGAAAUAGCCAUGCCAAAGAGAAAUCAUAUGAAUGUGAAGAAUGUGGGAAAAAGUUUAAGCACAUCUCCUCCCUCAUUGCACAUCAGAGAAUGCACACUGGAGAAAAGCCGUAUGAAUGUCACCAGUGUGGUAAAGCCUUCAGCCAGCGGGCACACCUUACUAUACAUCAGAGAAUCCAUACUGGAGAAAAGCCCUACAAGUGUGAUGAAUGUGGAAAAGACUUUAGUCAGCGUGCACAUCUUACUAUACAUCAAAGGACACAUACUGGUGAGAAACCAUAUAAAUGUUUGGAAUGCAGUAAAACCUUUAGUCAUAGUUCAUCAUUGAUUAAUCAUCAGAGAGUUCAUACUGGAGAAAAACCUUACAUAUGCAAUGAAUGUGGGAAAACUUUCAGUCAGAGUACACACCUCCUCCAACAUCAAAAAAUUCAUACUGGGAAAAAACCAUACAAGUGCAAUGAGUGUUGGAAGGUGUUUAGUCAGAGCACUUACCUCAUUCGACAUCAGAGAAUUCAUUCUGGAGAGAAGUGCUAUAAAUGCAAUGAGUGUGGGAAGGCUUUUGCUCAUUCCUCAACUCUCAUACAACACCAAACUAUCCACACUGGCGAGAAAGCCUAUAUCUGUAAUGUGUGUGGGAAAGCCUUCAGCCAGAGUGCAAAUCUUACUCAGCAUCAUAGAACACACACUGGAGAGAAGCCGUAUAAAUGUAGCGUGUGUGGGAAAGCCUUCAGCCAGAGCGUGCACCUUACUCAACACCAGAGGAUUCACAAUGGAGAAAAGCCCUUUAAAUGUAAUGUAUGUGGGAAAGCUUACAGACAAGGUGCAAAUCUUACUCAGCAUCAAAGGAUCCAUACUGGAGAGAAACCCUAUAAAUGUCAUCAAUGUGGAAAAGCUUUUAUUUACUCCUCAUCACUUAAUCAACACCGAAGAACUCACACUGGGGAGAGACCCUAUAAAUGUAGUCAUUGUAACAAAGAUUUUAGCCAGAGAACAUGCCUUAUUCAACACCAGAGAAUUCACACAGGAGAGAAGCCCUAUGUGUGCCGUAUAUGUGGGAAAUCCUUCACCCAGAGUACCAAUCUUAUUCAGCAUCAACGUGUUCAUACGGGUGUCAGGCACCGCAGCAGGUGCCAGAUACCACAGCUAUUGGAUAUGACUUUGUUUAAGCUUUAAAACUUGAUUGCUUAAGUUUCAUUUCGUGUGCUGUGUCAAACUAUUCGAAAGAAAGCUGAAGAAGUGCAAUAUGCUAGAAGCCACAGUAGCAGAAGUACGAGAAUUAGUAAAGCGGCUCUGGUCCAUUUAGA